AUGCCACAUAUUGUCUUCGACUCUGCCAAGGGCUUUUGUUACGACAGUUCUGGUGCGGGCCCAGGUAGGCAUCUGGCUACCAGAUCCAAUGGAUUUGAUCAGCUACCUUGGGACGACUACUUGCCUGAUGAAGUAGACGAAAGUGAAGAAGAGACACCUGGUAAUGACGACGAUUCCAGCAUUCACGCGACUAGAAAGAAACGGCUCACUAAACUGGAGAAAAAGGAACAGAGACAAAUGAAGAAAAUUAAUGCUGCUCGCAAUAAGCAUAUCAAGAGACAGCAAGAGCUACUGGGUUCCGGAAAAGACAGGGACAUGUCUGAACUCGAAAUCUUCAAUCCAUUCCUAGCCAAAAGCAGUAUAAAAUCAAUACAUAGUAAUAUCCUCAGAAUGGCAGAACAACCCAAAUCAAUCGAUUUCAAGUUGUUCCAGUACCAUUCUAUCGCACUUUAUAGCUCGGAUCUAGACCAUAUUCUUCCUGGUGAGUGGCUCAAUGACAACAAUAUUUCACUUAUUUUCGAGCUUAUUAACCAGCUCUUCCUCAAGAGUCAAGAUCCGGCUAAAAAAUUCAACUACCAGGUCCAGAUGUUGUACCCAUCCUUGGUACAGCUAUUUUUGCAUUUCCCAGUCACCGAUGACUUGGAAAAUAUUCUUCCUAUUAAUGAAUUGAAGCAGCUGAAGUUCAUAUUUAUACCGAUCAACUUCAUUGACGACUACGAAGACAUUGAUUUGGAAGAUGUUAAUAAUGGCGAUCACUGGGCACUUGCGCUUUUGUCGAUUUUGGAGAAUAGACUCUAUUUGUACGACUCCAUGGCUAUUGAUGGAGACGAAUUUGCAUCGCAAUCUGAGACCAAUUUGUUGAACGAAUUGAUAAAGAGAUUGAAAUCGUGUAAAAGCAUAUUCAAGGCAGGCGACAAGACCAAGAUAGAUAUCAUAAGGAUGAAGUGUGACCAACAGGAUAACUUUGAUGACUGUGGAGUAUAUCUCAUUAUGAUAGCAUGCUUUUUAGUAAAGCAACUACUCUUCUCCGAUUCAGCGGAAGGGGCUGUAGACUUGGAUAUUGGAAAUGUCCGUUUCAAUGCAUUAAGUGCAAGGCUCUAUAUGAUGAAAUUGAUUCAUAAACUAUAUAAAUCAUUAUAG